AUGCCUCCUCGUAGGGUCAAACAUGUCUCCCUCGACGAGGUGUCUAUCGUCACCAUGAGUGACCAUGCAAGUAUCGACAGCGGCGAAGCAGGAAAUCAGCCAUUCUUCGGUAAGAGCGUACAACCAGUGCCAAUGCCGUCCCAUACGUCGUCGAUGACUUGGAAGAGCAACGCCGUGAAGGAGAAGGAAGAGUUCGAACGAGUCAAGCAGCGUGUCAGACAUCUUGCCCCAGAGCAGUUCCGUGCAAACGCAAAGCCUGGUCGAGGCCCUUCUGGGAUAUUCCCUCGCAAUGUUACCGAAUGGGUUACUCACAAGAAGGACGUGCUUGCGAUCGCUCAGGCCCAGAAGGAGAAGAGCUGCGACCUGCUCAAAGCACAGAUUCUCGCUCAAGAGAAGAUCCCCAAGAAACAGAGAAAAGUCAAGUCAGCUUUUGGCAAGGACGGCAAGGUCUUCAAGGACGGACUGAGUCCCGUACUCGGCCUUCCUACCAUCUGGUCAGCUGAACAUCUAGAUGUGCCUGCCAAUUGGCCUAGUUCUGGGGAAUUGCAAUGGAACGGCGACAGCAGAGAGUGUAUGCUUGCGAAGACCAAGUGUGGUCGUUUCCUUCCUCCACCUCGUGCUCCAGCGGAACCAUCGAAGUCAUUCCAAGACCAGCCGUUCUUGAAACAGCUCCCCUUCGACCAGGCAGGACCUAUCUUCUCGACCGGACCACAGCCUGAUGAGAUCCAAGCAAACAACUUCGAGAUGAACGAGGAUCCUGGUUUCGAGGCAGCUGGGAACUUCUAUCUUGGAUCAGAGCUAAUGUCAGAGCUGGGUGAAUGGGGUCCCGUUUUCGUCCCAGAUUGGCAACAGGAACAGCGCGAUAUGAGCGAGGAUCUUGCAAUUCAAUUCGACCAUAGUGAGCAGGCUGCAGGCCCGGCACACGGCUACAGUGCUUAUCCCGCCAUGGCGGGUGGAGACUGGUACGAGGGAAACGUGCAGGACCUGACCUGGGAGGACUAUCGAGUUUGGUGGUGA